UCUCACACCUGGUUUGCUGCUGAUCUGAUCCUACCCUGCGUGGAGGCUCUCGGUCAGUCGUUGGCCAGCUAAUAAAGGCGCAUUCUAAAAUCUCAACUGGCGAUCCGUACGUUUUGGUGUUUGUCGGUUGGUACCUUGGUUCAGUUAUGAGUCCAGAACAUUUAGAGGUCCCACCGAAAUGCCCUACAGGGGGCGCUACUGAGCCGGAUCACUUUACCCCCAGCAGCCACCUGUCAGGGGGCUUCUCGAGAAGAUGUGCCUCGACCCCGACAGACUUCCCUGCCUAGGGUAAAGACUAAAUUCUUUCUAUUUGACCCGGAGCCGUUUGUCUUCUUACCGUAUUUUGGCCAAAGCCCUCCCAGGUCAAAUAGGACUCAGGCCAUAAGAGAACCUCUGCUGCCACAUCACGCAACUCGUUGAGUCCCUGAGUUUCUGAUCAAGGAGAUUAUGGGACCCCAGAGGAAAAUGAUUAUACAGUGUAAUGUGCCUAAGGAGUGUCACCAGGAGAAAACAGUCUCCCAAGCGUUCAAAGAAGGCAACUUGGUCAAGCAAUGGCUGUGACUCAUCCAGAUGGCUGGCACUGACAGAAGUACUAAGAGGCACUGCACAUGGUUCCAAGGAUCUGACCACACUCCAGAUGUCUAAUAAACAACUCCAGGCUUCCAAAAACUCAUCCGUCACACAGGUCAAGUGGCACAAGAUUGUGGUUUUGGGGUUAUUCACUGCAAUUUGGGUGUUGUACUACACGGUUUCUUGGCCUGACAGCACCAUCCCUCGGCCCCCAGGACCCCGUCCUGCGCACAAAUCCCCCAUCUUUCUCUCCAGGGCACUUGCCAAUCUGACUCAUCUUCUGUACUGGCCUCUGACUCCAGGACACAGAGGGGACAUUUUGGCCUCCACCAGCCCCCAGACCUCCACCUACCACCUGAGGAGUCCUGCCCGGGCCAGCUACACCCUGGGAAGCUACCUGGAGGCCAUCCUUGUGGCCCGGGACCAUGGGGGCAGACCCAAGACCCACGGUGGAGAUCUGUUUCGAGCACAGCUGCUGGGUCCUUAUCUGAGUGCAGGGGUCCCUGGGGAUGUCCAGGACCUGGAGAAUGGCACCUACCUCUUGUCCUUCCCCCUGCUUUGGGCUGGCAGGGCCCAGGUGCAAGUGCGGCUGAUCCACUCCAGCGAGGCAGUUGGGGUUCUGCGGAGAAUCUGGAGAGAAGAAGGGGCCACAGUCGAUUUCACAGGCUACUUCCGGGGACCCACGGGAUAUGAAGAAAAUAUGACUUGCAAUGUGAACCCCUUGUUGUUUGGGGAGGAAGAAGCUAUCUGUUACUACAAGGAUGAAGAUUCUGGUGAGCUCUGGUUCUGUGCCCAGCCCUUAACCCUGCCUUGUGACUCACUGGUAGGACAUUCAGCUGGACGUUACUGGAAUGUGACCACACCACAUGAAGAUGCCCUGUUGGCAUGGAAUCUGACAGAUAAGGUCCUCCCUCAGAGUAUUGGCCCAGUCCUAGUAUCCAAGAAAAGGAACAGAAAGCUGGUUUCGUCUCCUGAACAACCCUGCUACCCUGGGAUCCCAGCCCCAAAGCCCUCUGGCUUCUACUAUGGACAAGUGUGGCGCUCCCUGGCCUGCUCCAGCCGCUCCUUCCCCACGGCUGACAGCAUCCUGAGCUGCCUGGCUGGCCACAUCGUCCACAUGAUGGGGGACUCCACACUUCGGCAGUGGUGGGAGUAUCUGCGUGACACCGCGCCCUCCCUGAAGCCGGUGGAUCUACAUACCAUACAUCACUCAGGGCCCCUGAUGGCCGUGGACACGACUCGGGGCAUAGUGCUGCACUGGCGGGCCCACAGCUGGCCCCUGCGCUCUCUCCGCACACCAGUGGCCUCCCUGCACUCAGUGGUCAGGGAGCUGGCGGGCCUGGCCGGGGGGCGCCACACCGUGGUCGUGCUGGGCUUGGGAGCCCACUUCACCACCUUCCCUCCGUCCAUCUUUGUGCGACGCCUGGCAGGGAUCCGGGCAGCUGUGAUGGCCCUGCUGGCCCGGGAACCCAGUACUCUCGUGGUCAUCAAAUUGGCCAAUACUGGCUACAAGUCUGUGUACGGCAGCGACUGGUUUACCCUGCAGGUGAACCGGCUCCUUCGAGCUGCCUUUUCUGGUGUCCGUGUAGCCUUUGUAGAUGCCUGGGAAAUGACCUCCAGCCUGCCCCUGCCGGACAACAUCCACCCAGUGAAGCUCAUUGUGCGCAAUGAGGUGGACCUGCUCCUCUCCUUCAUCUGUCCCACCUGAGUGCUCCUGAGGGUCCUGAGGCUGGGUUGGCAAUGGGCCUAAGGCCUGGGCCAGAAUUGUGAAGAGAAUUAUACUCAUAAUAAACUUUCUGGGAUAAGGACAGGUGCCAUCCACUUCUCUCACUGGAAGGCUACAAUCUUCCUCACUAGUCCCGCUGAUUUUCUUCCUGCCUCACACCAAUCCCUUUCCCACUCAGAACCAAAGUGAUGAAAAACAAAUGAGACCAUGGUAUUAUACCUUGCUUGAAAGCCAGUGGCUCCCAUCUUAAUAGAAACCCCAACUUCUUACCAUGGUCCCCAAGAUCCUGCAUGAUGGUCCUGCCUAACUCUAUUUUUUUUUCUUUGUAAUAGUGCCUGUGCAUUCAGGAUUUUGUUAAUAAAGUCUUUGCUUACACCAA